AUGGUGGUCGAGCUUCAUCCCUCAUUGGCCAAUGGAGUGAACAACUCCGCCUACUCGCCCCAACUGCAAUUCAAGGCUCUGGAGCUCUGCCUCAGCAUCUCGUUCGACAGGGUCUCCUCGACCCAGCUCGUCGACGACCCGCCCGUUUCGAACUCGUUCUUGGCCGCCAUCAAACGGUCCCAAGCCAACCAGCGCAGGCAGCCCGAAAAUUACCACAUAUACCACCAGCUCUCGCAGCAGUCAUCGCUCUCUGCCAUUAAAGUAGAGCUCCAGCACCUGAUUCUGUCGAUUCUCGACGACCCUGUCGUCAGUCGGGUUUUCGCUGAAGCGAGGGAUGAGAAUUCGAGGAGAAUAGGAGAAAUUCUCGGAAGAAACAGAGGGCGGAAUCUUCUGCUUGUGGGCAUAUUCGCUCACGACGCACUCAAGAGCUUCGUGGAGGCUCUGGAGAAAAGAGACGACGGCGUUUUGCCGGCAGACCUGUCUGGGUUGUCUGUAAUUUCAGCUGAAAAUGAUGUCUCAAACUUUAUCACCGCGGAUAGCGAUGAAGAAUCGGUGAAUUUGAGAUUCGAAUAG